UACGUAUGCAUACGAAUACAUAUGUAUAAGUAUAUAUGUUGGCCGAGCGUAUGUAUAGUAGUGGGAGAUCGGUGGGACUUGAAUCGCGGGUUUCUUGAGGCAUAUAUAUGGUAGGGAGCCAUGCAGUUCUCUUGCUACUCGGCGCGUUCUCAGCCUCUUGGAUCUCCGCCGGAGCGUUGUGAUAUCCGAUCAAUUUAACCAACUUUGCACUACCGGAUCGUCAGCCUGAAUAAAAAAGUGAGAAGAUGAAACUACUACUCACCUUACUGGGCGCAACGACAAUCCUGGCCGAUCCGGAACCUGGACUCCUCCGUGUCCCCAGGGUGUACAACGCCUUGGUGACGAGCAAUCAAAAUCUCUCGCCGUCGAGGGCGUUCCCAGUGAUUCAGCCCGUCGUUCACACGACCGCCGUCGGCUACGUGCCGCCGUUCUACUACACUCAGUUUGCCCCACAAUAUCCGGGUCCGGAAGCGGGCCGGCUGCCCCAAGAAUUACUUCCGGCGAACGGAGCUGGACCCGACGAGGGUACACCGUCGAAGGCCGCGGCCGGGGCCGAAACGAGGACCGGUAGUUCCGGGACGGAGCGGAACUUGGGAUCAGCCGAAGACGAGACCCGGAAAAGGAAAGCGGGCGCCGAGCACUCGCUCAGAUUCUAUCCGAAUUAUCAUUCGCUCUACUACGACCCGUACUUUUAUUCCUACAACAGUUUCAACGCCCGCGUCGCUCCGAGUCCGUACAUUUUCGACUAUCAGCCACCAGCGUUGGCCCCCGCACUUUCCCCCCAGGGAGCCUACCGGGGGCAGCAGCUGCUCAGCCCCCGGUUACCGGUAGCCGGCCCUGAAGCCCUUGGGAAAAAUGGAGCCGAGGAAAAGAUUCCCGACGUACCACCGCCGCCGGUGCCAACCUCAUCCUCGAACAAGUCGUAAUGUCGAAAAGCGGGGGCGUAUUAUAAGUGAAUUCUAAGAAUAAACUGCGAUAUACGUACAUUAGGGUGGUCCUUAUUUGGGGGUCGGAAAAAUUUUCAUAGGGACGCCUCUCAAAUCUGUUCCAAAUCAUUCAUAAACAAAUCUGUGUAAAGUUCCAAGCCUCUGCGUCAAUUGGAAAACGUGCCUCUAAGCUCCGAAAAUUUUUAAUGUAAAAUACAUGUAGUUUUUAUAACCAGCUAUUUCGAUUCGUAUGAUUUUGCAUAAUAAAUUAAGGCACUGAUUUGAAACUUGGCAUUGCUGUUGCUUAUAAUGAAUAUGUAUAUAAAUUCUUAUAAUUAUAGGAACAAGCUGUGAAAAUAUCAAAUUUUUAUAAUUUUUGUUCCCUUACGUAUAAGCCUAAUAAAAGUGAUGCUAUUAAGCUUCUAUAUAAAAAGAAGUUCAUUAAAAAAUUAUGAUAAAAUAUUGAAAUUUUCAAGGUUUGUUUCUAUCAUCACAAGAAACAACUCUGUCCUUCAUUUAUACCGAAGUCAUACAAAACGAAAUAACUUGUUGUAAAAACUACAUGUAUUUUACAUUUAAAACUUUCAAAGCUUAGAGGUACGUGUUCCAGUUCACGUAGAGGCUUGAAAAUUUACACAGAUUUUUUUUAAUGAUUUACAGAUUUGCGGGACGUCCCAAAGAAAAUUCUUCCGAACCCCAAAUAAGGGCCACCCCAAUAUGCACGUUUACAUUACAUAUAUUACUUUUCAAUGGAAAGGUACGAGUGUGCCCCUAGUGCACAUCGUUAGGUCAGGAACUAAGGAGCCUGGAUACGUAGAUUAUUACUAACGUAUAUAUUACAACCUUGUGACUGUCUUUAUAUAAAUGAAUAGACGUA